UCAUUUUCAGAGCCUUCUUUUCUCUAUAUUUCGAUUCCACGUUCUUGACUCUUCCAUUUGUGAAAAUCCAAUCUCUUCAAAACUCCAGUUGUGAAUGCUAAUCACAGGUGAAAUUUUCGCGAAAUGGAGUUCUUGGAUGCCAUACCAAAUAAGCAUUCACUCCAAGAUUCAUCCUCCUUUCUCAACACUACUACUGUCAUAGCCCUCUGUUUGUUCUUUGCUCUUCUUUGUGCUUGCAUAGUCAUUGGCCAUCUUCUUGAGGAGCACAGAUGGGCCAACGAGUCAAUCACCGCGCUUCUUUUGGGGUUGUGCGCGGGUGUGGUGGUGCUGUUGGUGAGUAAAGGCCGUAGUUCGAAAAUUCUUGCGUUCAAUGAGGACUUGUUCUUCCUCUAUUUGCUUCCCCCAAUCAUUUUCAAUGCUGGUUUCCAGGUAAAGAAGAAGCAAUUUUUUAAGAAUUUCUCAAUAAUAUUGAUGUUCGGAGUAUUUGGUACCAUAAUAUCCUUUUGCCUCAUAUCAGCAGGUGCCUUUCUUCUAUUCAAAAAGAUCGGCAUUACAACCUUGAGUAUCGAAGACUACCUAGCUGUUGGCGCCAUCUUGUCAGCAACAGAUUCAGUUUGUACAUUGCAGGUCCUCAAUCAAGAAGAGACACCUUUCCUGUACAGUGUUGUAUUCGGGGAGGGAGUGGUGAAUGAUGCUACUUCUAUUGUGCUUUAUAAUGCAGUUCAAUCACUUGACUUAAGCAAUAUCGAUGCUUUGACGGCCUUAAAAUUGCUGGGGACCUUCCUUUACCUCUUUUUCACCAGUACUAUCCUUGGUGUAGUGGCAGGUCUUUUGAGUGCCUACAUCAUAAAGACUCUUUAUUUUGGAAGACAUUCCACGGAUCGUGAAGUUGCACUCAUGAUGAUUAUGUCUUAUUUGUCAUACAUGUUGGCAGAGCUUUUGUCUCUGAGUGGGAUUUUAACAGUUUUCUUCUGUGGCAUUGUCAUGUCGCAUUACACAUGGCAUAAUGUUACCGAAAGCUCACGAAUAACAACCAAGCACGCAUUUGCUACAAUUUCCUUCAUUGCAGAGACUUUUAUAUUUCUUUAUGUCGGUAUGGAUGCCUUAGACAUUGACAAAUGGAGAAGCAGCAAAGCAAGUGCAGGAACUUCAGUUUCUGUCAGCUCGGCAUUCCUAGCAUUGGUGCUGAUUGGAAGAGCAGCUUUCGUGUUCAGUCUUUCAAACAUAUUAAAUUUCUUUAAAAGUGCAGAGAGCACAAAAGUUGAGUUCCGACAACAGGUGAUUUUCCAGACAUCUAAUAAUGUUGCUGUUUACUCUUAUCAAUUCUCCUCUUGUACUAACUAUUUGAAAUCUCAGUUUAUAAUAUGGUGGGCAGGCCUAAUGAGAGGUGCAGUUACCAUUGCUCUGUCCUAUAGCGAGUUCUCAGACUCUGAGACCACAUCGACACAGGACUCUGCCCUAAUGAUCACCAGCACCAUUAUUGUUGUUCUUUUUAGUACAGUGGUUUUUGGUUCAAUAACAAAGCCACUGAUCGGAGCAGUGCUGCUAAGACAUGCAAAACCAACAGUGUCUGAUGCAACUGACAUUGCAAGCCUGGAAGACUUGAGACUCCUAUUCCUUGAAAAUGGAGACCCCAGUGAUGGUGGCAACAAUCAACCAAGUCCAAAGGCAAGUAACUUGAGGCUGCUGAUGAGAUACCCAACAUCAACAGCUCACUACUUCUGGAGAAAAUUCGAUGACAAAUACAUGAGACCGGUGUUUGGUGGACGGGGUUUUGUUCCAUAUGUUCCUGGUUCACCAACUGGUGCACAAGAUGAAACAUCUUGAUUCUGCAGGCCAACCAUUUUGUUCUUUUUUCCUUAUAAUUCUUGUUACUUGUUUUUUCUUCUUUUCUGUUAUAAUGAAAUGUAUGAGGAAUUUGUGAGAAUUUAUCUGUAAAUUAGAGGUGUUAGACUUGAAUUCUUAAGAAAAUAUAUUUUUUUUUUUGGGGAAGAAAUGCAGAUGUUGUUAGUUGUAUGAUAGCAACUGAAUUUUGAUUUCUGCUAUGGAAAGAGGUGGUGUGUUUGUUGAAUGCCUA